UUUCAGUUUUCCACUUCGCAGUCACUGGCGGACAUGGACUCUAGCGCUAAAUCGCCGCCGCCGUUGAUUCCGUCGCUGGAAAACAGGUGGGGAGAUAAAAUUUCCAAAGCUGUAUUAUCAGUAUACAGUUCUCUACCGAAGAAAGGAAAGCCUCAGGGCCGCGAAGUCACCGUUUUGGCUGCUUUUCUCAUCUCUUCUCCUCAUCAUGAACUGGAGGUGAUUUCACUUGGAACCGGGACGAAAUGCAUUGGGCGUUCUCGCCGGAGUUCAAAAGGAGAUGUUGUGAAUGAUUCUCAUGCUGAAAUUAUAGCCAGAAGAGCUCUUAUGAGGUAUUUCUAUGCAGAGAUCAAACGUCUUAGCGAGAGUCAUACGAAUAGGAGGACAAUGUUGGAUGAUGAUGAAAGCAAAGGCUUUCUUUUUAAUUUAAAUGGAGAUGGUUUUGGACGAAAACUACUAAGGAUGAAGCCGGGUUGGCAAUUACAUUUAUACAUAUCACAGUUACCGUGUGGAGAUGCCUCACCUAGUUCUGAACUUGCUCCUCUGAAAGAGAGUCAUUCAAGAAUAGACAAUCAGCUGUGUUCCUCAGUGGAACUUAAUAAUUUACCAGAGGUUUCUGAAUCUACUGCAAGGAUUGAUGGUGAGCAUUCAACUUCUAUUGGCACAGUUUUGAGGAAGCCUGGUCGUGGAGAUACAACUUUGUCAGUGAGCUGCUCAGAUAAGAUUGCCCGCUGGAAUGUUGUUGGAGUUCAAGGAGCUCUACUUUCUUGCUUCAUGGAGCCAGUUUACAUUUCUUCAAUAACAGUUGGACAAUCGCUUGUCAGUUCUGAGAAUUCUAACAUUGAAGAUCGAAUGAGGAGAGCUGUCUAUGACCGGCUCCUACCAUUAUCAACCGAGUUAAUGGCUCCCUAUGAAGUGAAUAAGCCUCUUCUCAUGGUAGCUCCGACACCACCAAUGGAGUUUCAGCACUCUGAAACUGCCUUGGCAACCUUAACCUGCGGGUACUCCAUAUGCUGGAACAAAUCGGGCUUGCAUGAAGUAAUUCUUGGGACCACCGGGAGGAAGCAGGGCACGUCUGCAAAAGGAGCAUUGUCCCCGUCCACGGAGUCAUCUUUGUGCAAGAAGCGCCUUUUGGAGCUAUUCUGCUCACUAUAUCGUAAUUGGCUGGAUCAACAUACUUUUUGUGAGACUUCUUAUCGAGAACUAAAGGACAGGGCCCAAGAAUACACUUCAGCUUCAAAAUCCUUUAAGCAGAGCCCACACUUCAAGAAUUGGUUUCUGAAACCCCAAAACUUUGAGGCCUUCUCGUAUCCUGGACAGUGAGGUGAGGCAAAUUACAGCAGAACCUAAGUUUGGCCAAAACGUUCAAGUGGGUUUGGUAGAGCUUAUGGUUGAUUGGUUGAUUGUUUGAUCUUGAACAAGGCUGUACAGUUGUAGUUUUUGACCAAGUCUUUGAAGUUAGACAUAAUCCAUUCUACUCGCAUGGACAAUUCAGUUAGUUCCUGAGUAAUAGAUUGUGGGCAAUGACACAUGAUUGAGUCUUGACAAUUGCUGUCGAGAGUUCCUUGUAAGCAAUAAACAGUGGUCCUCCCAUGAUUUAUCCCUCCACUAUUCUGUUGAGAAUUGAGAUUAGGGGCGAGAGAAUUUUGCCUUGGACCAGAAAUAAUCCAUUCCAUGUCUGUCAUAUUUGAGUGUUUUUCAAGGUGCUGAAUGGUUGACAGUAA